GGCUAGAUACGCAAACACAAGGAGCAGCCAGUGACAGUUUGGUUUUCAGGUAAUGGCGGCUUUAAAUGAUUCUGAGGUAGAUUUUUUUUUUUUUUUUUUUAAUGCAUUAAUAAUGAUUAUACGUACUCUGUACCGAUCAACCCGUAUUAUUUAACAUUUUAUAAGAGAAUACAAGUAAAGCCCUAUGUGAUUUAAUAUAUAGGAUGAUAGCCCAAGAUUAGAUGCUCAUGUUCCCCCUCACCACCCCAGAAAAACACCAAACCGUAUGUUAUGUGAAAUUUGCUCACUCCAUAACAGAAGAAUAUAACCACUGGGACCCUAGAUUAUUAUUAUAAACCUUGGUUUUAGAGAUUCUUCUAAUUCUGAAUUCUUAUCUGUUUGGGCUUCUACUCAGUUCCUGGCCGUUAUUUCAUCACUUGUUUCACUUUCCAGUAGUCAAGUCUGCUGUUUACUCUUAGAGAAGAACACAAAAUAGGGGUCUAUAAAAUAAUCUGUUAAUCUACAGGACCUUCCUUAAUCUUACACAUGUCGAAUUUUGUAGAGGAAACUUUGCCUGUUGACAAAUUUUGACAACCUCUCCCUGCACACUUUAACUCAAAGUGUUCUGUUUCUUCUUUUGAAAUGUUGGGAGGCAUGCAACCUCGCCAACUGAAGUUGAUUCUUAAAGAGUUGCCUUUGACCCAAAUCCUAAAAUGUAACCACUGUAUACACAAGCCUAACCCUAAAAUAAAAUAUUAGCCAUGUCUCCUAUAAUUCAAAACCCUGAAAUGGACCGUUUCACUCCUAAUAAUCAUAAUAUUAAUCCAAUGUGUCAGCAGUAUUUGUUCAUGAAAACAAUUCUAUUAAAAAAAAGUGAUUUAAUAAACUAACAGAAAUGUACCUGCUGCUUCUAUUAGACAGUUUAGUGGUUUCAUUCUUGCUUUUUUUUUAUCAACUAAACUACAAUCGUGUUCAGAAUUAAAUAUGCCGUUUAACUUUCCUAUUGGGUGGAGGAGGUAGGACUGGUUGGUUAAUGGUCAUUGGAUAGAGUGUAAAUUUGGAACGAAACAAGGUUCUGUGUGAGCAACCCUAUAUUAUAUUUUUCUUCAUUAUUAUUAUUGGCAUUCGUAUAAUGCUAACACUUUUACAAGGGGAUUUAACAUAAAAAGAGGUUAAACAGGACCCUGCUCGACUAAACUUAUUGUUAAAUAUUAUGGAUAAUAUAUUCAUAGUAACUGUAAUUUUCUAUUCCCAGUCAUAGGUCAUGGCAGGAUUUCAAAGUAUGUAUAUCUUGCCUACGUCAGCAAUUGGAAAGACAAUUAAACCAAAUUAAUAAAGCUAGCCCCCCUUCUCAUUCUGUCCAAGAAAAAGGGAAGGACCAUAACGCUGCCUGGCCUAUAAUUUGGAAAUUAGAAUUACAGGAAGUAUGAGUACAUUUUACACAUUCCCGGCUGUAUCCAUGGCAGUAUUACAAUGGGUAAUACCCAAGAUACAGAACAAGGGAUGACAAAAAUAAAAUAAAAUGAUAUAUAUAUAUGUAUAUAUAUAUAUAUAUAAAUAUAUAUUAGGAGUCAAGAAGUUAACUGGCAAAAAAUGAUUAAUGAGGGCAAUCAAGAAAAAGUUGCCUAAAGAACUCCACGUCCACAUUCAUCAUCUGCGGCAGCCAACACAUUCAGACAGUAAUGUUGUAUAAAGCUGUCUUUAGAGGAUCGCGUGCCUGCUCUGCAGUUUUACUCCAGGAAAAUCCACAGCUGCAGCCGGCAUUGAAGAAGAAAGGGCUGUGGUAGAAUGUGCCUUAACGACUGCUGUAACGUAUCAAUUCCUGGAUUUAUAGGCACUGGAGAUCGCAGAAACAACCAGGCUACUAAGAAAAUAUGAGAAACAGCUUUACCUCAGCCCUGAGUGCAGGAGAAAAACACAAGACUCAAUAUAAGUAGAGAUCUCUAACCAAGUGCUGAUUGUCCCAGCUAUGCUCCUCUUCCAAAGUUAGGUGAAUAAACAAUGCUGGAAGGAUAAUCUCUUUAUUGAUGUGUUAGGAAGAAAUCACCUUCGGGUUUGAAAUCUGGAACUUGACUAGAUACUGCUCAACCUAAAUGGAAUUAAUUGAAUGGAGCUUGAAUUUCAAAGAAUCUAUGCAGGUUUGUAAGGGCUCUCAGAAGGACCACUUUCCAACAGAAUAUUGAUUGGAAUCUGCUCCAGAGGCCCAGACACUGCAGAACCAAUGGUGAAUCAUUUCACUGGGAGUCUGAUCUUCAAAAUAGCUCUCAUAAAAUGAACGAGGUCCUAGUUAAGAGCCCAUCUUACGCCUGUGAGAGCAGAAAGUGCGGAAAUUUGGACAUCCAGGGUGUUAAGUUUCAGCCCUUUCUCAAAUCUGUCUUGAUGAAAAUUUAAGAAAAUUGUCGUUGGAGAGGAGAUGGAUAUGUAAUUUCCAAGGUCCAUGCUGAAAAAACAGCUCUUGUUCUAAUAAGUGAAUUUAAAAAUGUUAUACCAAUGUGGAAAAACAUUCACUAAAUCACUGAAACUCAUAUUAAAUUCACACUUAGUGAUUAACCCCUUCCCGAACUCGGACGUACUAGUUACGACGUACCGUCUUCAAAAAUGACCAGCUGUGAAAAUUCCAAGUUGGAAAACUGGAAUGUGCACCCUCCAAAUAAUGUCUUUUAGCCCUCAGAGAACCCGUCACACCUAUACAUGGGUGGUAUCAAUGUACUCAGGAGAUGUUGCUGAACACAUAUUGGGGUGUUCAUUGGCAAUAACCCUUAAAGUUCUCAGUACCUGCAUUCUUAAAUUGCUAUGUGUGUCCAAAAAAAAUCACGUAUUUAAUGUUUUUAAAAUUUGGCACAGGUUGGUUGUAAAAUGGUUUUGGCAAACCUAGCCACUUGAGGUCGUACUGUUCAAAGUCUGUUCAAAGGUUGUCUUACAAAAGCUGCUUUUAUUCUGUUUAUGUAUAUAUUCAUGUAUCUCUGUAAUAGAGAGCAUUCAUAUGCUAACGGACGAAAGCCGCUAGCAUUUAUAUGGUAGUUUCACGAACAUUGACUGAAACGAAUAAAGUACCGAAUGGGAGCCCACACACAGAGAGUCGUGUGGCUCCCAUUAACCGUUUGCAACACUGUAGCAAUCAGCGGUUAAUUGCUUUCCUGGGUGGCCGUCGUUCGGCUACCAACCACGCGGCUGUCGGCCAUCUUGGAUCCUUUGUUAGCCAUCGGUGUUUGGUCGUCGAGUGCCUGGAACCAAAAUCGGCUACUCGACGGCGCGAACACCGCUGGACUUCCAGGCCGUUCAGGAGCACCGGUCCUUCUGUAUUUUAUUCUCAAUUAUGUAUUCAGUACUUUUAAGAUGAAGAUAUAAUAAAGUGUGUUUCGUGCGGCGUUCGGUUAUUUAUGCUGGGAUCUGAGCGGUACUUUCACAGAGUGUGCGCUCACACUCCAGCUAUCUACCGAACGGUCAUUCGGUAUAAUCCUAUGAAUAAUAUUAAAGUUAUGUAUUUUUGUGUGAAAAGCCGGUUCUGCUGUACGGAGGGAUAAUCCACUUAACAGGAUAUUCUAGUGGGAGUAUCCCUCUCGUAGAGCAGUGCACGGUGGGAGAAAUGUCCUGUAUAUUCAGUUCCCCAUGUAGUCCUCUACUGUAUAACCCCUGUAAAGUGAUUAAGGAAACCCCUUGCAUGGAGAACCACAUAAAUACUGGAGCUGUGAAUAAAAUCGUCAGUUGACUCCCAGAACUGUGUUUCGUCCGGUUACUGGGGGAUUUGGGAUAUUGCCUUCAUUUCCAGCGCUUCACUUGGAUUAUUGUCUGUACCAGCUGAGAUAUUGGGAUUUAACAUUGCAGCUCCGCUACAAUUGGUGGCAGCAGUGGGAUCCAACCUUACAGCCUAAAAGCGGUGUUCGGGUAAUUGAAACUACUGAACAGGAAAGUGAAUGGCAAUUCGUAUACAGCAAAGAACCGAAUGCAGAGGUGAAUGGAGACAGAUUACACUCCAUUGAAACGGCAGAUGUUUAAGGAACUAUUGGAAGCCAGGGGUAAGAUAGCCAGCAAUAAGUCAAAAGCUGUGCUUAUUGACGAACUGAUGGAGGGAGACAGAGCUUGCAGCGUUACACCCCCACAAGCCAUGGAAGAGACCACCUUCCAAACGGAAAUGAGAACCAGGAUGGAAUUCCUACCCCAGCCAGUACCACUGGAAAUACUGAUAGUACUGAUGGCGGAUGUGCAGGAGUAUGUGAUGGCACACAGACCGCAAGACGCACCCUCCAGAGCAGAAUCUACUGCUGCUUCAAUCAUCAGCCAGGUAAAGCCCAAGAUACCACAUUAUGCUUUUAAAAUAUUUUGCGAAGACAAGGAUGAGAUUGAUGGGGAUAUACAAGACUUUGAGAGGCUAUGUGACCUGCAUGAUCUAGAGCAGGCAGUGUGGGUACCUUUACUGGCAGGCAAACUGUCAGGUCGGGCAGCAGAAGCAUAUCAGGCCAUACCCAGAGUGGACAACAAAGAUUAUGCCACGGUAAAACAGGCUAUACGAGAUAUGCCAUUACCCAGGAGGCAUACCGGUGCAAGUUUACAGGAUUGCGCAAACCGGAGAAAUACUCCCACGCAGAGUGGGCACACAAACUGGAUCAAGCCUCCCAGGGGUGGAUACAAGCGAGCCAAGCUACCACCAUGGAGGAGUUACGUCAUUUGCUAUUGUUGGAGCAAUUUUACAAUGGUCUGACACCAGAGGCACAAGAAUGGUUGAGAGACAGAAAACCCCUCACCCUAACAGAAGCGACAGAACUGGCGGACCAGCACUAUGACGCCAGGAGGCAUCAUGGUAACCUCAAUUUAGGGUAUCCUCGACCUGCCACCCAACCUCCUACAGCUACCGCACCCACAGCAACCCCAUUCCGGCCAGCCACUGGGGGACACAUUCCACCCUCCCGAUACAAUGGCCGAUCUAACAUCCAGUGCCAUAACUGCAAGCAAUGGGGCCACAUGGCGAGAGAGUGUACACAGAACCGGAGCUGUCAAGCAUGGAGCCAAGUACGACCGAACCCAGCACCCCUAGCAGCCGCGCACCACUACCAAGCAGAGCCAGCAACCCAGGAGAUAUUGUUUAAUCACACAGAAGAGCCCCUGGGAAUACUACAUGAUGUGAUGUCUGUGCAAGCCACAGACAACAGGCAACACCAUCGCCAGAUAGUAACCUUGGAGGGGAAAGAAGUCCAAGGGCUCCGAGAUUCAGGGGCCACACUGACUCUGGUAGCAUCUCAUUUGGUUCCGGGCUCGGCGCACACCGGCGGAUCCGUGGCAGUAUGAGUAGCAGGGGCAGCGGAAUACCGAUUACCGACUGCAAAAGUACACUUGAAUUGGAGUGUGGGGGAAGGGAUGGUGGAGGUAGGCCUGAUGCAAAAACUGCCAGCAGAUGUCGUAUUGGGAAACGACCUGGGCAGAAUGACUUCCGCUUUUGUAUCUCAAGAUCCAAUCCAAGAGGCUCACCCGGUAACCACAAGGCAACAGGCUCGCACCAUGGCUUCAUCCACACACUCUGAGGCUCAGGUAAGAGACAAUAUAACCCCUAUGACUCGUGUUCCCUGGGAUACCCCGACUGAAUUAAGGUAGACCCUACGUUGAAAGUAUAUAGAGAUAGGGUGACCUCAGAUCAGGCAGGAUUAGAGGGGGAGCGGUAUGCUUGGGAAAAGGGGUUAUUGUACCGUAUUGCUGAAAGGGUGGUGGGGGGAUCUGUAAAUGUGACUACUAGACAGCUAGUGGUACCCCAGAAAUAUCGACAGGAACUCCUUAGGAUCGCUCAUGACAUUCCGUUGUCUGGGCAUCUGGGUAUGACACGAACUAGAUACCGACUGACCCAUGCCUUCUUCUGGCCAAGUAUAUCCAAAAAUGUGAGGCAGUACUGCCAUUCGUGCGACAUCUGUCAGAGAGUAGGCAAGAGGGGCGACCGACACAAGGCCAAAUUAUGCCCACUGCCCAUCAUAGAAGAACCGUUUAGUAGGGUGGCCGUAGACAUAGUAGGACCCUUACCCAAACCCAGUCCCUCCGGCAAGAAAUAUAUCUUGACCGUGGUAGAUUACGCCACCAGGUACCCCGAGGCCUUAGCCCUCUCUAAUAUCCACGCCGAGACAGUGGCCGAAGCAUUAAUGAAAGUCUUCUCCCGGGUAGGAUUCCCACAGGAGAUCAUAUCAGAUAGGGGUACGCAAUUCACGGCCGAAGUAACCCACCAACUAUGCAAAAUCUGUGGCAUUAAGCCUAUCGUGGAUUCUGCGUACCACCUUCCAUCUAAUGGGUUAUGUGAAAGGUUCAAUGGAACCUUAAAGCAGAAGCUCCGUACAUUUGGAGAGGCCCAUAAGGACUGGGAGCGAUUCCUACCCCAUCUGCUGUUCGCAUACAGAGAGGUACCCCAAGAGUCUACCGGGUUUUCCCCCUUUGAAUUACUAUUUGGGAGACGGGUACGAGGGCCCCUAGAUUUAAUUAGAGAACAUUGGGAAGGGGAAAGCAGUGCAGAUGGGAUACCCAUUGUACCAUAUGUGCUGGAGUUCAUAGACCGCCUGGAGGCACUAACCCAAACCGUACGGGUAAACAACGCCAGCGCCAAUGGUAUGAUAGGGGAGCCAGGGACCGCAGCUUUCAGGUGGGACAGAAAGUUUUAAUUUUAAAACCUGUUCGCCAUGACAAGCUGCAGGCUGUCUGGAAGGGCCCAUACCAGGUGAUGGAACAGAGAUGUGACACCACCUAUGUAAUUGGCCCCUGCUCAGGGGCAGGGAAGAGACACAUGCUCCACGUGAAUAUGCUCAAACCCUACCAUGAGAGGAUAGAGGACGUGGCAGCUAUAUGCACAUCAGCCUCUGAGGAUCAGGAGAAUCUUCCACUACCUGAUUUAUUAGUGAGAGAAGAUCCGGCAGAGCCCUCCACGGGUGUUCAGCUGGGGGGGGCGGCUAAGCCCCCAGGAGCGUGCCCAGGUACAGGAGUUAAUCGCGGCUAAGGGAGCCACUUUCUCCAAUUUACCAGGGUACACCCUGCUAGCCACUCACCGAGUAGAGACCCCAGGACAGCUACCUAUGCAGCAGACCCCAUAUCGUAUCCCUGAAGCAGUCAGGGAACAUAUGCGGAAGGAAAUUGAGGAGAUGUUGCAGCUAGGGGUUAUUGAACAUUCCGAUAGCCCCUGGGCAUCGCCGGUAGUGCUGGUACCCAAGAAGGAUGGCACAACACGAUUCUGUGUUGACUACCGGAGGCUAAAUGACAAAACUGAUGCCUACCUGAUGCCCCGGAUAGACGAGCUGCUAGAUAAGAUGGCACGAGGCCAGUACCUUUACUACGAUAGACUUAUGCAAAUGGUACUGGCAGAUUGCUUUAGCCGAAGAGGCCAUCCCCAAGUCGGCGUUUGUCACCCUGUUUGGCCUGUACCAGUUUCGAGACAUGCCAUUCGGGAUGAAAAACGCUCCAGCUACCUUUCAAAGGAUGGUAGAUCGGCUACUGGAUGGGUUCCAGGAGUAUGCGUGAGCAUACCUGGACGAUAUCGCCAUAUACAGCCAGACGUGGUCCGACCUACGACAUAUUGGAACGGUCAUUGACUGUAUUGGAGAGGCAGGCUUGAUGCUAAAACCCAGCAAGUGUCAUAUAGGGAUGACAGAGGUGCAAUAUCUUGGGCAGAGUAGGGAGUGGGCAGCAAAAACUGCACAGAGGGCACAGAGUGUGAUGAGGCAUUUCAACAACUCAAGACUGCUUUAACCAAUGCACCUGUACUUGCUGCUCUUGAUCCAACUAAACGAUUUCUUGUCCACACAGACGCUUCAAUGUUUGGAUUGGGAGCAGUGCUGAGCCAAGUUGGAGCAGAUGGCGGAGAACAUCCCGUAGCUUACUUAAGCCGAAAGUUAUUGCCCCGUGAAGUAAGCUACGCCGCCAUUGAGAAAGAAUGCCUGGCCGUGGUGUGGGCCCUCAAAAAGCUACAGCCUUAUUUAUAUGGACAACCUUUCUCCUUACUCACAGAUCACAACCCGUUGGUGUGGCUGAACCGUGUGGCUGAACCGUGUGGCUGGGGACAAUGCCAGGCUGCUGCGCUGGAGUUUGGCGCUGCAGCCUUUUGACUUUACUAUUCAUUACCGCCAAGGGAAGCAAAAUGGUAACGCCGACGGGUUAUCCAGACAAACUGAACUUGAAAAGUGAUCUGUGAGUACUCCUCCGGACAUCCCCAAGCCAAUCCGUUGGGAUCAGACUGUGUAUGCCGACUUGAUUCUGGGGGAGCAUUGUGGCAAACCUAGCCACUUGAGGUCGUACUGUUCAAAGUCUGAAGGUUGUCUUACAAAAGCUGCUUUUAUUCUGUUUAUGUAUAUAUUUGUGUAUCUCUGUAAUAGAGAGCAUUCAUAUGCUAACGGCCGAAAGCUGCUAGCAUUUAUAUGGUAGUUUCACAAACAGUGACUUUACACACUGCUCGUGAAACGAAUAAAGUACCGAAUGGGAGCCCACACACAGAGGGUCAUGUGGCUCCCAUUAACCGAUUGCAACAUUGUAGCAAUCGGCGGUUAAUUGAUUUCCCGGGUGGCCGUCGUUUGGCUACCGACCAUGCGGCUGUCGGCCAUCUUGGAUCCUUUGUGUUUGGUCGUCAAGUGCCUGGAAACAAAAUCUGCUACUCGACGGCGCAAACACCGCUGGACUUCCAGGCCGUUCGGGAGCACCGGUCCUUCGGUAUUUUAUUCUCAAUUAUGUAUUCAGUACUUUUAAGAUGAAGGUAUAAUAAAGUGUGUUUCGUGCGGCGUUCGUUUUUUUUAUGCUGGGAUCUGAGCGGUACUUUCACAGAGUGUCCACUCAGACCCCAGCUAUCUACCGAACGGUCAUUCGGUAUAAUCCUAUGAAUAAUAUUAAAGUUAUGUAUUUUUGUGUGAAAAGCCGGUUCUGCUGUACGGAGGGAUAAUCCACUUAACAGGAUAUUCUAGUGGGAGUAUCCCUCUCGUAGAGCUGUGCAUGGUGGGAAAAAUGUCCUGUAUAUUCAGUUCCCCAUGUAGUCCUCUACUGUAUAACCCCUGUAAAGGGAUUAAGGAAACCCCUUGCAUGGGCAACCACAUAAAUACUGGAGCUGUGAAUAAAAUGGUCAGUUGACUCCCAGAACUGUGUUUCGUCCGGUUACUGGGGGAUUUGGGAUAUUGCCUUCAUUUCCAGCGCUUCACUUGGAUUAUUGUCUGUACCAGCUGAGAUAUUGGGAUUUAGCAUUGCAGCUCUGCUACAAUGGUUGCAUGAAAAAAGUCAAAAUACCCCAAGUUUAAUACCUUAGGUUGUCUUCUUUUAAAAAAGAUAUACAUGUGAAGGAUUAUUCAGGGAUUUCUGACAGAUAUCAGUGUUACAAUGUAACUUGCGUUAAUUUUGGGGGGGAAAUGGUUUGGAAAUAGCAAAGUGCUACUUGUACUUAUUGCCCUACAAUGUGCAAAGAAAAGAUAAGAACAUGUUAACAUUGGGCAUUUCUAAACUCAGGACAAAAUUUAGAAACUAUUUAGCACAGGUGUUUAUUGGCGGUUAUAGAUGCGUAACAGGUUUUGGGGGUCAAAGUUAGAAAAGGUGUGUUUUUUAAAAAAAUGUUUCUUUAUAUUUGAUAAAUUUUUAUAGUAAAUUAUAUAAUGAAAAUAAUGGUAUCUUUAGAAAGACCGUUUAAUGGCGAGAAAAGCGGUAUAGAAUAUGUGUGGGUACAGUAAAUGAGUUAGAGAAAAAUUACAGCUAAAUACAAACACCGCAGAAAUGUAUAAACAGCCCUGGUCCGUAAUGGUAAGAAAAUCGAAAAGUGGUCUGGUCACUAAGGGGUUAAACCUGUAAAAGUUAAAGUGGCAGAGGAGCUGCAUGCUAAUUUCGCAAACUACCUAAUUUCUACAUUAUUGCACAUUUAAGCACAAGACUGAACAGGAAUCUAACAGAUCAGCAGAAAAUUAUUAUUUUUUUUUUUUUACAGAGAUAUCGUGGCUAGAAAACAGAAUAAGAAUGGGAAGACCUCUUAGUGCCAGGAGAAAGGGCACCAAGGUGAUCACCCCUGUAUCCUGUGGUUUACAGAAAACAGUUGUGAGUUUUUCAAGCUAAAGCUAUAAUUGGACAGCUAUGCCUGAGUAAGGCAGGAGAAAAUUACGACAUGUCCUAAAAGAAUCCUGAGUUUUUCCACAAAGACUUCAGCAGAAUUAUUUCCAGGCAUCCUGUUCCUUGGAUUAUAAAACACAAAAGACUAGCUCCUGGUAUUGUCGUACAUCACUUCUUAUUGACGGAUACAAGUUUGACUUACGCCUGUAUGUGCUAAUCACAUCUUGCAGCCCAUUAAUAUUUUAUUUUUAUAAAGAAGGUUUGCUGCUGAAAAGUACAAACCAGCCGUACAACAUGUAAAAGAAGCUUCUGCAUUUAUCCAACAAGGAAAGCAGGUGCUGUGACAGUUGCAAUGACCUUGAGCACUACACUGUGCUACUUAAAGAAAAGAGGAAAAGAUGCAACGGAUGUCAAGGCUAAAAUAGAAGAUCUCAUCAUUAACGUAUUUAUUUUAGUAGAAGGAUUAUGCCUUAGCAUGUAAAGAAACUGACUCAUAGAAAAAAAAGUGCUUUGAGUUGUAUGGCUUUGAUGUGCUAACAACUUGAAGCCAUGGCUGCCUGAAGUCAAUUUGUCACCAUCUCUGGUUUGUGAUACCCUUUUUGAUUUCAGACUCAAGGUGAAUGUGGUUUCAGACAUUCUUACAUUAACUGGCCUGGUGUGCAAUAAUAUUAACCAGAAAAACAAUACCUGCAAACAUCGCGGAAAUAUCAAAUUAGGAUAUCAAGACAUCCACAAAACAAACAAAUCUUUCUCUGUUUGUAGGAAGGAUGGCAACCAUUUAAGAGGAGAUGGAGGUUUUUACAAAAAAUUCCCCAGGAAGGACACAUGGAAACAUUAUGGGCCUUUAUUGACACACAAAUGCUUAAAUUACAUGCUGGCUUAUUUUCUCUUCCAGGAGAAAAUACCAGAGCUAGAAAACAGCAGUAGUGGACCUAAAGAGCACAUAGCUGUAUAUAUGACGAAGCUGCCACCUCUGCAUAAUAACAGACUUCAGUAUUGUGAGAUGACACUCAAGCCAGUCGAUAUUUCAAAACAAUGUCACCAGGGAUGUGAAAAUAAAACGGGGUGCAUAAGACUUCCAAAGAUUUCGGACACAUGCCAACACAGCAGCAACAGGGAGGUUGACGUUAAACCAGCUGGUCCAGUGCCAAAGGUUGUGGAGUCUGCCAUGACUCAUAUGGUGGUGUAAAGAUGCCAGCAAUCUUUGGAAAUCCUAAAAGAGAAUCUUUCCCCUACCACAAUUCAAUAUCUUCUUGUAGUUUCAAACAGUGUUUUUUUUUCUUUUCGCCUUAGUCUGGAUCAACUGCAGAAAGAAAUUUGUGGACAGUUUAACUUGAGUGUUUUUCCAACCAAGACUACUAUAUAUUAGUAUGUUUGAAAAGUGAUGUCUGCAAGAUAAAUAAAACAUGUAAUCAAUUAUACUAUCUAUGUAUUUCUUUAAUGUACUGUCAAGGUACCACACGAACACACAAGCUAGAGGCAACUAGUAAGAUGAUAUAGUACGUAUUACUGGACCUUCCAUAAUAAAAGAAUAGUAUAAAAUCAUGGCACAGAGGAC